AUGCGGGUUGACUUUGUGCUAAUUGUUGCUGUUUUUUAUAAAACAACCGAUGCGUGUGGGCCGGCAGCGGAUAAUGGGAAGCGGCCAUGGCCCGAGCCUACUAGUCCAAAGGAUAGCCAGAAGUAUGAGGAGAAGAUUAGCAUCCCAAGCGAAGGGAGGCCAAUUUCGGAGUUGGAACGGUUCAAGAAGGAAGACCUUGAGAGACCGCCACUAAUAAAUCCCGGCGCGGAACUAUCGGACGAAGAUGCGGCCAGUGAAAUUUCCGCAAAACGAAGGAAGCGGAGGCGAGAUUACGAUGAUGAGGACGAGGAUUCACCCGUGGUCAGGAAAUCCCGUCGCCUAUGCAAAAAAUUGGUCCCAGCCAUCGUAUGCAACUACGUGAUUAGCGAUAACGUUUUCAUCUGGAUCCUCGAUACCCUGCUCAUGUUUUUC